UAAAAAAAUAAAAACACGUGUAAAAUAAUAACGCACAAAACCGAAAAACGAAUGAAUUUUUUUUUAAAUAACAAACAACGCGGUGAUGGAUCUAAAAAUAAUAAGUGUGAAUCAAAAAUGUAAACACAUUUAAAAUUAUAUUGCACAAAACUGAAACAUGUGUUAAAAAAAUUCCAAAUCGCAAACAAAAUCAGGUUUCCUGCUCACGUGUUAUUUUUUUGUGUGCUUGUGGUCUUUCCCCCUUUGCUCUUGUUUCCACGUUCUGCGCUUGCGUUUCUAAAAGUUGCAGUUAGAGUUUCAUGUAAAUCAGGGCGGGCUUCAGUGUCACUAUUGGCCAACAAGUUCUAGAUUGACAGCUUCUCCUCUAGCCAAUCAGUCCAAGGGGGAGUUGACGUCACUCCAAUGCGACUCAUGGCUGCUGUGAGAGGAUGGAUAACCAGCGUCAGCAGGCAAAUGCCAGACAAUCUCAGGCAGUCUCAAGGUUGCUUUUAGAGAGACUCUUGUCACGACUACAGGAGGCUUUGCAGCGCUUGCCAUUAGACCUGGAUUAUUUAUAUUUUAUUUGCACAAAUGGUUUGGUUUUGAUCACUUCACAUACAAGUCGUGAACAUGUACCUCAAGAAGUAAUGCAGUGUCUUUCAAACCUAUGUUCUGUUCUUGUGAAUCGCCUGGACACAAGACGUACCUCUUUAGUGAUUUUGAAUGAAAUUGCUGGACUAAUGGGACGUCCCAAAAUCAUUGUAUCUGAGCAGCACAUCAGACGAUUGAUUGAAAUUGGUCUGACUGUACCUUGCAUUUCAAAACUGCUUGGCGUGUCAACACGAACCAUAGAACGCAGAAUGCAAGAGUUUGGUAUAACAGUGAGAGGAACAUACAGUCAAUUGACUGAUGAAGAGUUAGACAAUCUUGUGGUUGCAAUCAAAACAACAUCACCACAUUCAGGCUACAGAAUGAUGAGAGGACACUUGAAAGCUCUUGGUCAUCGAGUCCAGUGGAGCAGAGUCUUCAACUCUAUGAAUAGAGUUGAUUCAGCUGGAGUCCUUGCUAGAAUGUCACAACUUGGACAUGUUGUGAGGAGAUCAUAUUCAGUUCAGGCCCCUCUGUCCCUCAUGCAUUUGGACACCAACCACAAGCUGAUCAGAUAUGGCUUUGUAAUAUUUGGGGGCAUAGAUGGCUACUCAAGAAAGGUCAUGUAUCUGGGGGCUGCAACCAACAACAAAGCAGAGACUGCACUAGGUUUCUUCCUUGAGGCAGUAGAAAAGCAUGGAGUUCCUUCACGGGUAAGAGCAGACCAAGGUGUAGAAAAUGUGGACAUUGCAAGGUGGAUGUUCACUGUUCAGGGCUGUGGCAGGGGAAGUUUCAUUUCGGGGAAGAGCGUUCAUAAUCAAAGGGUCGAACGGCUGUGGAAAGAUGUGUGGAUGUCGGUUUCAAACUUGUAUUAUGAUGUUCUACAUAAUUUGGAAGAGAGUGGCACUCUUGACCCAUCAAACACCAUUCACCUCUUCUGUGCACAUUAUGUUUUUCUUCCACGCCUCCAAAGAGACCUAGAUACAUUCACUGAGGCAUGGAAUGACCAUUCCAUCCGUACAGAGCAAAAUCUGUCCCCCAAUCAGCUGUGGGAAAUAGGACUCGCACAGAAUACAGUCAAUGUUUCCUGUAAUGUGGAGGACCUCAACAUUUUGGUGCAAGAUGGAAUUUACCCCCAGGAGGAGCAGAACACUGGAGUAGUGGUCCCUCAGGUGGAGUGUCUGCUCUCAGAGUAUGAAAUGGCUCGACUCAGGACAACCAUUAGUCCAGUCUCACAGUCCAGAGACUUUGGCCAAGAUAUUUACUUAUCAGUGUUACGUUUUGUGCAGCUGCUUCUUGAAUAACACUUUGGAGCUCAAAACAUCAGACUGUAAGUUACGUAAAAGAAAAUCCUGUAAUGGUAUCAUUAAACUAUUGUGAAACUAAUCAGUGCUUCCCACACAGAGAUUAAACAAAAAAAAUGAAAUCUAUAUGACUAAUGUGGUAAAUGUGACAUAACACUUUUGGCAUAAAAAUAAAAACAAUUCCUUUUAAAA